UUCUAUUACAAAAAAAUUAAUUGGUGUGGCAACACUGUCUUGUUUGAGUAGUUUGUUGUUGUUGAUUUGAGACUUUUUCCUUUUUCUUUUUCCAUUUUUGACUUUUUCAGUGUUUUUGUAAUAAUUUAGUGAUUAUCCCUGACCUAAGUACAUACUGUCUUUUCAGUUAUUGUGUUUAGGGGCGAACCAGGUGUCAAAAACAAUGCCUUGUAUGGUUUUAUUUUGUAAAACCAGUGGGUCGAUUCCUGGAAUUACAUAUUUUCGACUUACCUCUCGAAGACAUGAUGCUUGGCUGAAUGCUCUCGGUAGAGAUCCCUCUAUCGAGCACCUCUCUGAUACAAACAGAAUUUGUAGUAUACAUUUUUUGCCACAUGAUUUCACUCAAAAAGGAGGGAAACUUGUUUUAAAACCUGGAGCCAUUCCUACACAAAAUCUGGGCAUUCAAAGAAAUCAAACACCACUCAUGAGUAAUGAAGACAUUGACAGCAUUUUCAGUGAGGACAGCAUUAUGAAUGAAAUGAGCAACAGUAUGAAUAAUUAUGAAGAUAUCGAAAAACAAAUAAUUUUUGAGAAAAUGGAAAUUAAGUUGGAAGAAAACGAGGAAUAUCAACAGUGUACACAUAUAAAAAUGUCACCUACCCCAAGUGGUUCAUCUCAGUCUAAAACAACAGUUGAUUUAGUAGGAGAUUUUCUAGAAUUCCAUGGAAUAUUAUAUCUUAUAUUUAUUUUACUGGGUUUAUAUUUAUAUUCGUCAAAAAAAGAAGAAUCUGAAGCACCAACUGCUUCUGAACCCAUUAGAAAUAUUAAACGUGAACCAUUUACUAGCAGUACCACAGACACUGAGGGUUUCAGAGGUCCUAUCAAAAAAGCUAAGAAUUAAUUAAGCAAGAAAAUUCAAUAUUGGAAAUAAAGCCGGCCCUUUUUCAUGUUUACCGAUUAACACGGCAGUGUCUGAAAAGGAUUCAAUGGGUAUGCUCAAAAAGACUAACAAGAGCUUAUUGGUGCCAAAAGUGAAUUAUUUUAUUGGUGAUCUACUGAUUGUAUAUAUGAUAACAGAAAAGCUAUCCUUCAAUAAAAAUGACAACUGACUACCCGUAAUCAAAAAUUUGUAAUAUUCCAAAGGAUUACUAAAAUUGGG